UCCUCUUUCCUUACCGAGUCACUCGCCGCAAUGUCUGACAAAAAGCGCAAAGCAACCUCUGCUGCUGCCGCCGAGUCCGGUGCCAAGCAACGAAAAGUGGCUUCUAGUCAGGUUGGCAAGGUGGAGAAAGAAGCAGGCUGGCUGAAGGACCUACUCCAACGACAAAGGUGCGAAAAGAAGGACGUGAAAGUCAACAAGAAACGCCUUCGCUUUAUCUCAGACGCACAACAGACGAAGCAGGACUCCGCAGGGGUGCUGUAUUGGAUGUUGAGAGACAUGAGAGUACAAGAUAACUGGGCAUUUAUCCACGCCCAGCGUCUUGCGGUGAAGAAAAAUCUACCUCUCCACGUCUGCUUUUGCUUGUUUGCGCCCAAAUCCGAGCUGUCCACUCUGAGACAUUACAGCUUCAUGCUGAAAGGUCUGGAAGAAGUCGAAAAGGAAUGCAAAGCUUUAGACAUCCAGUUCCAUUUGCUAAACGGUGCAGCAGGCCAAGCGCUGCCCGCCUUUGUGUCCGAGCGCGGAUUCGGGGCGGUGGUGACCGAUUUCUCACCCCUCAGGGAACCUCUCAAGUGGUUGGAUGAGGUGAAAAAGAGUCUUUCGGAGGAUGUUCCACUCAUUCAGGUUGAUGCCCAUAAUGUUGUUCCAUGCUGGGUAGCCUCUCCUAAACUUGAAUAUGCUGCCAGGACAAUCCGUGGGAAAAUUACCAAACUUUUACCUGAAUUUCUGACUGAUUUUCCCGCCGUUGAGAAGCAUCCUUACACGGCGGCAAAAAACGGCAAACCAGUGGACUGGGCAAAAACUUUGUCCUCCCUCUCGUUGGACAACAGCGUGGGGGAGACAGAGUGGGCUCGGCCAGGCACCGCGUCGGGAACGGCCAUGUUGGAAUCCUUUAUCGAUCGUCGACUCAAACUGUUUGCCACUCAACGUAACGACCCCAACGCUCCCGCACUCAGCCAACUCUCCCCUUGGAUCCGCUUUGGACACCUGUCCGCCCAGCGUGUGGUGCUGCAAGUCAAGCAGGACGGACGCCACGCCAGCGAGUCGGUGGCACCUUUCAUCGAAGAGUUGGUGGUGCGCCGAGAACUGACGGACAACUUUUGCUUUUACAACCCCAAAUAUGACAGCCUCGAAGGCGCUUACGAGUGGGCUCAAAAAACCUUGCGAGAUCACGCCAAAGACAAGAGGCCUUACCUGUACACACGAGAGCAACUGGAGAAAGCCCAGACGCACGACAAGCUGUGGAACGCCGCUCAGUAUCAAAUGGUCUGCGAGGGCAAGAUGCACGGCUUCCUGCGCAUGUACUGGGCCAAAAAGAUCCUGGAGUGGACAAGUUCACCAGAGGAGGCGCUCUCCAUCGCUCUGUACCUCAACGAUCGCUACGAGUUAGAUGGUCAGGACCCCAACGGAUUUGUGGGUUGCAUGUGGUCGAUUUGCGGCGUCCACGACCAAGGAUGGGCCGAAAGAGCGGUUUUCGGGAAGAUCCGCUACAUGAACUACAAAGGCUGCCAACGCAAGUUUGACGUGGCCAAGUUCGAGAAAAAAUACUGUCCCAAAACUCUUGGUUGA